CUUUUCAUAGCCAUAGCUCUCUAUUCUCCAACUUUGAGUACGGCAUACCUACACAAGGCUUCUGUGGUUCCUUUUUCCGGGACAGGGCUUGGUAACGACGUAAUGUGAGCUUCACUAUCCGCAGGUCCAUUGAACUUGAUGAGGACUAGGGGAACCUUGCCAAUCGCAAAAGUGGCGCCUGAUGCAUUUUCCACGAAAACAUUGUUUCUCUCAGACCGGUUGUCCCUUGCAGUAACAGCCCAAGAAAUUUGCGACCCGCCUCCUUUUUGAACCGCUUCGCUUUUCGGCCCCUGCCUGACUGUGCGCCCGAUUUUCGACAAGACGAACGAUUUGGGACGAUAUCGCCGUCGAGCUCGGGCAAAUCGAGAUGGAGUUGCUCACCAUCUUCGCCGUGCUGGUUGUCGUGCUCCCGUCACUUUACAUAUACACCGCCUCUGUGGUCUCGACGCGGUUUCCAAAGUUGGAGAACAAGAGCAUCUGUCUUCUGAUUGCGCACCCGGACGAUGAGGCCAUGUUCUUUGCCCCCACAGUUCUCGCCCUUACGCGGCCUGAAAUUGGCAACCAUGUCAAGAUUCUCUGCUUGAGUAGCGGUGAUGCGGAUGGCUUGGGGGAGACCCGAAAGAAAGAGCUGGCCAAAUCUGGUGUGGUCCUCGGCUUGCGGUCCACCAGUGAUGUUUUUGUGGUCGAGAAGCCCGAGUUCCGCGACAGCAUGACCACGACCUGGGAUGCGGGCAAGAUCUCGGACCUCCUUAUUUCUGCCUUUGCGCCUCAAUUGAACAAGUCAAAGGGUGCCUCAUCGCCCCCCACAGCCUCCAUAGAUGUGCUCAUUACCUUUGACGCCGGUGGUGUGUCAAGUCAUCCCAACCAUAUCUCGCUGUAUCAUGGCGCCAAAGAGUUUGUCGGUGCCCUCGUGGCGGGCAAGGCGGGAUGGGCACCCCCCGUCGAUCUUUAUACUUUGACAACCGUCCCAAUAGCCCGCAAAUACUCUGCUUUUCUCGACGUCCUCCCUACCCUACUGAGCUGGGCAAUUGGUACCGGCAAGAGGGAUAAAAAGCACCCCGGUGGGCUCGUGUUUCUCAAUGGUUUGGCUGGUCAUGGUAGCUUCACAACGGCGUGGAAAGCCAUGACCACGGCGCACAAGAGUCAGAUGGUGUGGUUCCGUUACGGCUGGAUCACUCUGAGCAGGUACAUGUACAUCAAUGAUCUCCGGCUGGAAAAGAUCAAGAGAAAAUAAGGCGAUGGCUGCCAGUCCCUGGACUAGCCAAGGAAGCACAUACAGCGUAGUUGAACUUGUAAUAAUAUCAUAAUUUCUCUACUACGUGACCCGGAUUUCUCAAGACUGCCACUCUCGGGCAGAAUGUA